UUAUAUAUAUAUAUAUAUAUAUACACACACACAGAGCAAAGAGGUCUUCUUCUUCAUCAAAGCGCAAGCGAGCAUUUGGUGUUUGAGAGAAAACAGAGCAAGCGGGCGAGUUCUGGUGAUAUGGCGCUUCCUAAGGCUAAGGAGAUCGUUAAUACCAACCCCGUCGUGGUGUUCAGCAAGACUUACUGCCCCUACUGCGUACGGGUUAAAGAAUUGCUUACCAAGUUAGGGACUACUUACAAAACUGUUGAAUUGGAUGUGGAAGGUGAUGGAUCUGAGAUACAGGCUGCACUGGCACAGUGGACUGGCCAAAGGACUGUGCCAAAUGUUUUUAUUGGUGGAAAUCAUAUUGGUGGCUGUGACAAUGUUACAGAGAAGCACAAUGGAGGGAAGUUGGUGCCACUGCUAACUGAAGCUGGUGCUCUUGCUGCUACUACUGCUUAGGCAGUUCUGGUCUUUUUAAAUAGUGUAUGUAUUGAGAUAUAAAUCCGAAUAAAUCAUCUUAUGAUAAUAAGUUGAUGGGUUUGCAUGCAAUGUGAACCUUUCACUUCACUGAAUUAAGCUGUUACUGCAAACUAUGGUCUGUAUAACGGUUUACCUUGUUUGAGUACUUCAAAUGAUUGGGUUGCUCCUUCUUAUAUAUGUUGGACCGUUUUGUGCUUUUUUUUAAAAAAAUUAUCUUGGUUGCCAUGGUUA